AUGGCAAACCCACCAAGAGAAGUAGGAGCUGAAAGGCGAAUGGCUAUGAAAGAUUAUGCACUGCCUACAAUUGGUAACACUACCUCAUGCAUAGUUCUAGUUGAUAAUGUAGUUGGGGGUGCUAUGUUAGAAAGGACACUUGAUGAGGUUUAUAACAUUUUUGAGAUGUUAGAAGCCAAUUCUCAACAAAAGAGUGUGAGGACAAAGAGAGUAGAAGUAAAUAAUGCAAUUGGUAUACCUAAAAAUGAUGGAUUAGUGCAAAUCAAUAAGGAGAGCAUGCAAAAAGAAGAAAAAGUAGAGCCUAAUCUUAGGCUUGAAAAGAAAGAAAAUGAAGUAUUUUCUAGACCUGAAUUUCAUAAGGCAGCUCAGCCUUAUAGACUACCUAUUCCUUUUCUAAACCAACCAAAAGAGAGCGAAAAAGACAAAUUUUUUUUUGAAAAUAUUGAGAUGCUCUCUAAAGUUAAUACUAACUUACCUUUGUUGGAUGUUAUCAGGAAUAAGCCAGCUUAUACAAAAAAUUUUGAAGAGUUGAACACGAGCAAAAGGCGAUAUGCGAACAAUAAAAAAGUACAAGUAGCAAGUGUAAUGCUUCAACAUCAAUUGCCCCUUAAGAUGAAGGAUCCUGGUAGCUUCACCAUUAAUAUUAUAAUAGGUGACAAAAAGGAUACAAAAGUCAUGUUAGAUUUGGGAGCAAGCAUCAACUUGAUGCCGUAUUCGAUGUAUGAAGUACUUGACUUGAGAGAGUUGAAGCCUACCACUAUGUCUCUACAAUUUACAGACAAAUCAACAAAAUAUCCUAAAGUACUUGACAUGGAAAACACACCAGCAAGGGAUAAAAAGCAAACCAUACUCCUUGGUAGAUCUUUCAUGGCAACUACUAGAACUGUGACUGAUGUGCAUGAUGGAAAACUUACCAUGACAGUUUUAGGAGAAACUGUGGAAUUUAAAGUGUUUGAUUUUCUAACUUUAUCUCCUAAAUCUACUAUUGAUAAGUGUUCAUAUAAUUACUUAGAUUUUCUUGUUUAUGAACAAUUAUACAAUGAUAUUCUAUUUUUAAUUGACAAGAGUUUUCGUGACACUUUAGAUAUUCGCAUUAAAAGUAUAAAGCCAUACUUGAAAGGAAUGGCUUAUGACGAAGAGGUGGAGUGCGCGGAUGAAUGUCCACCAUGA